GGCUCCGAUCCAGACAUCUGCAGCAAUUGUGAUAGCGAGUCUGAUUUCACUAGGACAGAUACCAUGUGCGCGGAUUCCAUAGUGCGGAGUAUACUCGAUGAGAUAAUUCAGAGCCCAGGUACAAUUUAUCACGAGAAAGAAUCUAGCCCAUCCACUACUCAGACUGCUGCCAGUCCUAGCUCAGAAACUGCUGAUGAAAUUGAUACGCCGACCAAAAUGAACGGUAUACCCAACGGGCCGAGCGCCUCACAAGACGCCAAAGACAAGUUGGAUAACACCAUGCCGACCGAGGCCGUAACAAUGGCACACGUGACUCAAAAAGAUGCUUUUCUGGUUUUCCGCAGUCUUUGUCGACUGGCUACCAAAGAAUUUGGGGGGUCCCGAUCUUCCGACGCCAAGUCAAAUGCUGUUCGCUCCAAAACGCUAUCCUUGCAACUUCUGUCGAGCGUUUUUCAGCAACCUGGUCCGCUAUUCCUGUCCAGUGAAAUAUUCAUUACCGCAAUCAAACAGUACUUGUGUGUGGCUUUGGUUCGAAAUGGUGUUUCUCCUGUGGCCGAGGUUUGUGAGCUCUCUGUGAAUAUUUUUCUGGCACUUCUCACGUAUUUCAAGCCUCAGUUAAAGCGGCAAAUCGAGGUAUUUCUCAAGGACGUGUUCUUGGAAAUCCUUGAAUCUACAAAAUCCACAUUUGAGCACAAAUGGGUUAUCAUGGAAGCCCUACGCCGUAUUUGCGCGGAUGCUCAGUGUGUUGUCGACAUUUAUCUCAACUAUGACUGCGAUAUGAAUAUGGCCAACAUAUUUGAACGGCUCACCACAAGUCUUGCCAAAAUAGCACAGGGCCGAUACUCCAUGGAGCACGGAAUCUCGGUCACUCAGCGUCAGGCACUCCGAACCAGCGGUAUCGAGUGCUUAGUCCUUAUAUUGCGAUGCAUGAUCGAUUGGUCUCAUGAACUUUAUGUAACUCCUGAACCGCAGUCGUUUCUAGGCAGUCAGCCGUCGGUCACAACCGCUGAACCAGUUGAUGGAUGCCUAGCUGAACAUUAUGAAUUUUUUGGCAAUUAUGAGCUCAUUCUUGACGAAGUUUUUCUAUCUACCGUUCUGAUAGACAUUACGCAUUCCGUUACACCCAUUAUUUCUAAUAUCCGUUGUAUGUGCUUACUUCACACGUUACCAAUAUUUUCCAAUUCUUUUGGGGACAGGAGUAUCGCAAGUUGA